CUGUCAGAAGCUCGCGUGCGGAAGAGCCGCAAUAUUUUUUUAACUUCUUCUAGUUAGUUGUCUCCGCUUGCAAGGAACAAGAUCUGUAUUCAGCUCGGACAUGUGGAGUUACGAGGACAGCUCUCAUAAAACGCCAAUGAUCCUAUUUAGCUGUUAACCCUCGGUAAACUGAAACACCUCGGUGUUGGAGCACUAAGUUAGCUAAGAUAUUUUGUAAAUCACAGAUUAAGACUCAGAUUAGUCAUGAAGUACGGGACAAGCAGGAGACACUGGAGGUGGUUACUAGUCUGUCUGACACUGUCACUGAUGAAAAGUGGAGCAGCAAAUCCAGACGCCAAGAGACUUUACGAUGACUUAAUAUCUCGCUACAAUAAACUAGUCCGACCAGUCCUCAACGUCAGUGAAGCCCUAACCGUGAACAUCAAACUCAAGUUGUCUCAACUGAUUGAAGUGAAUCUAAAAGAACAAAUUAUGACCACUAACGUAUGGGUUCAACAGUUCUGGGAGGAUUACAAACUUCGCUGGGACCCGAGAGAAUAUGGCGGGGUGGACAUGCUCCACGUGCCUUCGGACCAUAUCUGGAAACCUGACAUUGUUUUAUAUAACAAUGCCGACGGAAACUUUGAAGUUACUCUAGCCACCAAAGCUAUGGUUAAUUUCCAAGGGUUCAUUGAGUGGAAGCCUCCCGCCAUAUACAAAAGCUCGUGCAUUAUUGACGUGGAGUACUUUCCAUUCGACGAGCAAACUUGCGUGAUGAAGUUUGGUUCUUGGACCUACGACGGAUUUAAGGUGGACCUCCGACACGAUGAAGAGGUUCCUGGAACUAACCUUGUGGAAAUUGGAAUCGAUCUCAGCGACUUCUAUUUGAGUGUGGAGUGGGACGUUCUGGAGGUCCCUGCUGUUCGAAAUGAGAAGUAUUACACCUGCUGUGAGGAACCUUACAUUGACAUCACCUUUAACAUCAGCAUGCGGCGGAAGACAUUAUUCUACACUGUCAACCUGAUCAUUCCCUGCAUGGGGAUUUCGUUCCUUACAGUAUUAGUGUUCUAUCUUCCUUCGGACAGCGGUCAGAAGGUUACACUGAGUAUUUCCAUCCUGUUGGCUCUGACACUGUUCUUCCUCCUGCUGGCAGAAAUCAUUCCUCCAACUUCACUCACUGUCCCAUUGUUAGGCAAGUACUUACUGUUCACUAUGAUACUCGUAACCCUUUCUAUAAUAGUGACGGUUGUGGUACUCAAUGUCCAUUUUCGCACCAGUACCACUCAUCGCAUGAACCCCUGGGUGAAGCGCGUCUUCAUGCAGAUGUUACCCCGUCUUCUGCUCAUGCGCAGACCCUCGGAUACCGCUUCUGAGCCUCGGAAGGUGAUGGUUCGCACUUGCAAUGGCACAGAACUCAAAGAUUACAACUCUCAAAACGAGCCAUACAGUAGAAGACAAAGCUUUGAUGCCGAAUACGGGUCCGAGAUGAACUACCCGGCGUGUAGAAUUCAUGGUAACAGUGGACACUCGCAUGAGGCAAUGUCCACUCCGAUGACGUCCGAACAAGCCACGAUGCAGGAACAUGAAGGAUGUUCAGGACCAAAACUAUUACAUUUCUGUCCAGAAUUUGAAAGAGCAAUGGAUUCGGUACAUUACAUAGCUGACCACACGAGAAGAUAUGAGGAACACAUAAGCGUAAGUUCGAAGACUGCUUUAUGUAUGUUUACGUAAUGAUAAGCAGUGAUAGGAAAUUAUGGUAUGGUCAAGCCCUCUUACAUACAUCGUUUUAAAUUGU